UUAUUGUUUUGUGUUGAACUCUGAAAUUAAAUUAAAAUAAUUAUUGAAAAGGUAUAUGAACGUUUCCAAUUAAUAUUAGUUAAUACUUGGUGACCUAGGAACGUGAAACUUCAUAGCAACUAAAAAGUAAGGCCUGAAAAUGGAUCAAACACAAACUGGAGCCAGUAAAUUUAGAGCUCAUCUUCGCACAUCAAUAAACGUUGAUGAUAUAGCAAAUAUGACUAGAAUUCUUGAUCAAGAACUGCUAGACUCUCAAAACACUUUAAACGAGAUUUCAAACAUAUUCGCUUCUAUCAACGAUUAUAAAAACAGCAGUUUACCAGUUCACAAGUUGGAUAGAGACGCUGUUUCUAGAUUUUUAGACGCGGAGCCUUUAAAACUGGUAACGCCAGACUUUGGGGGCAUUAAAUUUGAGGGUGAAGUCGAUGAAAUUUUGGCGACCAUGAAGAAAUAUGCUGAUCAUUUAAAAAAGAAUUUACCUGUUAUUGAAUCACAAAUAAAUAUGGAGGAAACUGUACAUAAUUCGGAACCUAUUGAUGUUAAUCAGUAUGCUGCUAGCUUAGAGCAACUAAAUAAGCGCCUGGCGCAUAUAAGACAGAACCUGAGGCAAGAAGUAACUACAAAGGAUUUGAAUAUGGAAGAAAAGUUGGAAACAUUGAAUCAAAAUGUUAAGCUAUUUAAAGAGAUGACAGAAGGAAAUGCAUUGUUAAGCAAAUGCAGUGCAGAAAGUGGUGAAAACAUUGAAAACGGACACAACUCUACAAGACAAUAUGAGGAAAUAGUCAAUAAGUUACUGUCUGGUAUCAAUGAUGUUACAUAUUUAAGGCAAAAUAAGGGUUAAAUAGGGAAAUAAGUUAAAAAGAUUUUUAGGAACUUUGUAUCAUAUCAAUAUAUAUUCCUGUAUAUGAAUACAGGUCUACUAGUUAACAUAUUCAAUGCCAGCAUCCUGCAAGGGGGGCGAUCUUUUCGUAGUCGCUUUAUACAGGAUUUUGAAUGUUACCAGCUACUAGCUGGUAGCGCGUAGCACGCGUUGGCACUGUCAGGCGUGGCUCACUCCGCGAUUUCGUCGCGUUGCUACAACUACU